ACUUCUAUUGCUUUGGUUAGUGGUGUUUCAGUUCCUUAGUUCUUCUUUUCUUCUUAUGGAUCGUUUCUGUAACAACAUAUUGGGUUGUGCUUUCAUCAUCACUGGAGCUUCGCCUCUAUCUCAAAAGUCCCAAAUCAAUUGGCCAUCACAAAGAAGCAAACAAUAAUUCGGGCUUUUGUGUAUCAGAGGUUCUGUGUCUCCUGCAGUUUGGAUUCCAAGUUGUUAUUUACAAGAAUUCGAAGCUAUCAAGCAACAAAUUUUAACAAGCUGUGGUAUUUGUAUGAUCACACACCAGGAGCCUUUUUAAUUGAGAAAUCUUCAGAUUAGACUCCAGAGAUGGAGGGGAGUUUUGCUGAUGAGCUUUACUCAGAAAGUUUACAGCUCUCAAAAUUGCAAUUGAAUGCUGCAUCAAAUGUCACCAGCAAACAAAGUGAUUUAAAUGAUCAUGGUAAGGUUCAGUUGUCGGCUGAAGAUGGAUCUCCGUGGUACAGUUCUGAUGAUGAAGUGAAUGAAGGAUCUGAUAUGAACAAGGAAUGGCAGAGGAAACGCGAUGAAUUCUAUACGAUGGGAUACCGUGAUGGUCUUAUAGCAGGAAAGGAAGAUUCUUCACAGGAGGGAUUUAAUAUUGGCUUUAAGCAAUCAGUUCUUGUCGGUUACAACUGGGGUCUUGUGAGAGGGGUUACAAGUGCGUUGGCUUCCCUACCAGAAGGUUUAAGGGAGAAGUUGAUUGAUACUGAAGAACAAAGAACUCGAUUUCAGGGGUUGUAUGAAUCCGUUCACUCCUUUUCUACAACAGAUGCCCUGAGGUUGUUCAAUGAUGAAAUCACAGGUGAAAAUGAUAGUGAGCGAGUUGCAAUUUCAGAGACUAGUUCCUUAAAAGUUGAAUAUGGCUCGGAAGAGCAAAGAUUAGAUCAUACUGGUCUAGGAAUAUACUCUGCAAAGCUCCAGUCACUUCUUUUAGUGUCUCCUGGAAUCGAAGUCGAGACCCCCUAGAAAAGUUGGUAAUGUUGUAAUUAUUUAACAUCUGGAAAAGAGAAAUUGGAAAAACUUUGCUAUAGUGUAGCCAACAUUUGAGUUCAAUAUAUUGUGCACUUUGAGCAGUGUUGUCAAUUUGAUGAUCUCUAAUAUUAUCAUGCUUUA